GAUAAAAUGUUUAUUUAAUAAAAUAUUUAAUUUUAAGGCUAAUAUCAGUUUAUGUCACAUCGUCAACAGAUGGCAGUGGAGAACUAAAUCGCUGACAAAAGUCACCAAAGAAGAAGAGCGCGCAGUAUGGCAGGGUCACACUCACUGUGGAGGCCACCACGUUCCUGUGACGUCUACUGGAGUGAAUUCAAGCACUGCAAGAGUUUAUUCAACAGAUUUCAUGAAUACUACACCUACGGCAAAUCACCAGACUGCCAGCAGUGGAAACAAGACUAUUACACCUGCAAAGAGUGGGAAAAAAACCACAGCACACAAGCCAAGGAGUCCCUCCAGGAGAGCGAGAGGAAACGGGUCGCCGAGCAGAGGAAGUUUACUCCGGUCUGGGAGCUUCGGAAAACCCCUCCGGCUGACUGGCAUCUCCCUCUCAACCAGGACAAACCACAGGACUCUUAAACACAUUCACACACGCCGCGCACUGAUGCAGAUCAUACGGGACUGUUUAUGAUGCAAGAACCAAGUAUGGACUUCCGGCUGGGAAUCUCCUCACACUACCUCUCCUGGACCGACGCGUGUCUGUUCUGUUGUAGAUCUGAUUUUCCCAGUGCUCACUGGGAAAUGCAAAGCAGCGUAAAAAGUCUUGAUCAAGUUAGUGCAACACUUAAAUAUGGAAUUAAUAAAAUGAAAGAAUCAAUGUAGCACAAAAAUAUUAGAUAAUGUCCUACAUGUUUUGAUUAUUUGAACUCUUAUCUGUAAUUAAAAAAAAACGGGCUUUAUAUCCCAAUUUAUUAUGAACUCUUUCAGUCCAAAAGCCAUAAUUUUGCAGUUUAAAGUAUUUUAAUUCUAUACUUGUGUUUAUGAAUGAAGACAUGAAAUGUUUUUACAAGAGUUUGUUUCACUGUAGACCUGAAAUGAAUUUGUAAAUAGAUAAUUAUGUAUCUGUGUUCUGUGACACUGACCACAUCAAAAUCACUGGCCUAAAGCUAAAUAUCCCAAUAAAGGUAUAAAUAAUGAUUUAAAGACCA